CUAAAUGAGCUUAUGAGCUAUAAGGUGUAAACAGGGAUCUCCACGCAUCUCCUGAUAUCAAAGUCAGUUUUAUACAUAAAAAAGUCAGUCUUUACCUCAGAGAUAGAUGAACUAUUACGCAAACUUGUUAUUCCUGCAGGGGAUGCUGGAAAAAACACAACAGAAAAAAAACAGUUCAGUAUAGAAACACAGUUCUUCAUGAGAGCACGGAUGUGAAAGAAAGAUCAGCACUUUUGAUGAUCCAGGUGCCAUUUCAGAGGAGGACAAAGAAACAUCUGCAAUACUGUCAUUAUUCAAGUUCAUGAAGGACGAUGGCAUCUGUAAAAAAGCUGCUUCAUGAUACUCUAGAUAACCUGAUAGAAGAAGAUCUGAAGAGAUUUAAGAGUUACUUAAAAGAAGAUGGACCCGUUGGAGCUGGUAAACUGGAGAAGGCUGAUGUCACUUAUAUAGUGGAUAUAAUGAUGGAGCGUUUUAGAGCAGAAGAAGCUGUGAAGAUCACACUGAACAUCCUGAGGAAGAUGAACCAGAACCAGCUGGCUGAAGAGUUACAGAACAACUACACUGAAGCGCAAAUAUCAUUAGAGCCAGCUGAGAAACGCAGAAGAAAAGAAGGUGAUUUCUGGCUGCAGGAAUUCAUGAAAACUCACAAAAUGAACAUGAAGGAGAAAGUAGAACACAUUUUUGAGGGUAAAAGGAAAAUGAAGCAGAUCUCAAGGAUGUUUUCACUGAACUCUUCAUUACGGAGGGGGAUCAUAAAGAAGUCAAUCAAGAACAUGAGAUUAUGAAGAUUGAUGAAGCCAUUAAACCUUGUAAAUCACAGGACAGUUCAAUCAAAUGCAAUGAUAUAUUUAGACUGAACAAAAAGAAGAAAAAGAUUGUUCUAACCAAAGGCAUUGCUGGCAUUGGAAAAACGGUCUCAGUGCACAAGUUCAUUCUGGACUGGGCAGAAGGAAACGCCAAUCAGGAUAUAGACUGUGUUUUCCUGCUUCCAUUCCGAAGGAUUAAUUGCGUUAAAGACCGGGAGAUCAGUCUGCAUGAGUUUCUACAGAAAUUUAAUCCUGAACUGAAGAAACUGGAAACAACAAAGAUAUGUAAGAUAUAUAAACGUAAUCUUGCGUUAAUCUUUGAUGGACUGGAUGAGAGUCGACUGUCUUUGGAUUUUGACAGUGGAAUGGUGACGAGUGUUGAGGAGCGAUCAUCUGUAGAUGAACUGUUUACAAGUCUGAUCAAUGGGACUCUGCUUCCAUCAGCUCACGUCUGGGUGACAUCACGACCAGCAGCAGCCAAUCAGAUCCCUCCUGAGUAUGUAGGGUUGUUCACAGAGGUGCGAGGAUUCACUGACCAGCAGAAGGAGGAGUAUUUCAGGAAGAGAAUCACAGAUGAGACUCAGGCCUCCAGAAUGAUCUCACACAUUAAGAAAUCUCGUAGUCUCUACAUCAUGUGUUACAUUCCUGUGUUCUGUUGGAUCACAGCCACUGUUCUUCAGGAUAUUCCCAUUGGGAACAAUGCAGAGAACAUCAACACGACACUCACUGAAAUGUACAUCCACUUCCUGCUGAUACAGAUGAACAUGAAGAGCCAGAAGCAUGAGAGAAAUACAGAAAGAGAACGGAUCAAGCUCUUAGAUUCCAAUAAAACAAUGAUUUUGAAGUUAGCUAAGCUAGCAUUUGAACAGCUAAAGAAAGAAAACAUUGUGUUCUAUGAGGAAGAUCUGAGAGCAUGUGAUAUUGAUGUGAGUGAAGAAGACUUUGAGUCCACAGGAAUGCUCACUGAGAUCUUUCAGCAAGAAGCUGCAAUUCAUGAGAUGAAGGUCUUCUGCUUCGUGCAUCUGAGUGUUCAAGAGUUCCUCGCUGCAGUGCAUGUGUUCCUCUGCUACCUGAACAAGAACAUGGACGAGCUGCAGUUUUUCUUUAAAGAUAGACAAAGAAAGGUCAGAACUGACCACACUGACAAGCCAGACAAAAAUAUUGCUGUACAUGAAUUACUAAAGAAGGCUGUAAGGAAAGCAAUGCAAAGUAGGAAAGGACAUUUAGAUCUAUUUUUACGGUUUCUGCUGGGCAUUUCACUGGAAUCCAAUCAGAAACUGCUCAGAGGCUUGUUCACACACACUGAAGACAGCAAAGACAGCAUCACAGAAAUAACCAAAUGCAUUAAAAAACUAUUACAAAACCAUGACAUCUCACCUGAAACUUCAGUCAACCUGUUCUACUGCUUACUGGAGCUCAAUGACAAUUCAUUAUAUACAGAAAUACAAAGAUACUUCAGAUCAUCUCCAGAAAGAAGACUCUCAUCUUCCAUGUGCUCAUUGGUGGCUUACGUACUGCUGAUGUCAGAGGAGGUGCUGGAUGUGUUCAACCUGAGGAUGUACAGUUAUGAAUCGGGAGGCUACAGGAUUCUCCUGCCAGCUGUGAGAUGCUGCAGAAAAGCCAUACUCUCCCGCUGUCUUCUCAAUGACACCGACUGUGAAACUGUGGCUUGGGCCCUGCAGAUACCAAACUCACACCUGAUAGAGAUGGACAUGAGUAACAAUAACCUGUUUGACUCAGGAGUGAAGCUACUCUCUGAUGGACUGAAGAGCCCAAACUGUCAGCUGAAUAUACUGAGUUUGGAACGCUGUAAACUCACUGCUCAAUGCUGUGAUUUUGUGGCAUCAGUUCUACAAUCAUCAAACUCCCGUCUGAUAGAGCUGGACAUGAGUCACAAUAAGCUGCAGGUCUCAGGACUGAAGCUGCUCUCGGAUGGACUGAAGAGCCCAAACUGUCAGCUCAAGAGACUGAGAUUCUGUUGCUGUGAGGUGACAGAUGAAAGCUGUGGUUAUCUGGCUUCAGCUCUGCGUUCAAACCCCUCACACCUGAGAGAGCUGGAUCUGACAGACAAUCCAGUGGGAUUAUCAGGAGUCGAUAUGUUCUCUGAUCUACUGAAUGAUCCAAACUGUGCACUGAACAAUGUCAUAUUCUGGUCAACUAUCACUGAUCUGUCUGAUUUUGAGGAUGAGCCAUAUCCUUAUCACACAGUGACUUUUGACUUCUGAGUGAUUUGUUUUCCUCGCUGAUUGUCAUACAGUCAUGAUUAUUUAUCACCAGAGACUUAUAUUACAUCUUGUGAAAUAAUGUUCUAGGGCACCUUUAAAGGUACAAAUUAGUAGUUUUAGUAGUCGGGUUCUGGAUAUGGAUACAGAUUUUCCUCUUCAUUUCCACGCAGGAAGUCAUCAGAUAGUCAGUGUCACAUGUGUAAAGCGUUUGGCACUCGGAUUUGUUUUCAUCCCACGUUCCAGCGCAGACACAGGAGGCGUUUGAUUGGAAGAGGUGAAUGAGAGAGGACAGCCAUUUAACACUCAGUGACUGACAGCAUUUCCACCUAAAAUAUGAUCCGCUUACAGUGUCUAGUUUUGUUUUAAAUUCUAUUAAGAAGCCAAGAUGUGAAAUAUUACAUACUUCAAUAAUUUUUGUUUUAAUUCCAACUUUGAAAAAAACAUUUUCAUUUUAUGUAUUUUAGUUUUAGACCUUUAUAAAAAAGUAUAUUUUUAUGUA